CUUGAAAAUACCGCUUGUAUUCUUUUUCAAUGGCCAAUAUGUUGAUUUUAAAUCCAUAAAUGUCGAUUUUCUUCCCUAAAAUCUGAUCGAAUCCGAAAGUAACAUGAUGGUGCUGUAAGAAAUCUGCAGUUCAGUGCUAUUUAAAGUGCGUUUUCUAUCAAAAAGUAGUAAAGGGUAGAGUGAGGUUUUCGUUAAGAGAUGGAGAUAUCCAGCGGAAUUGACGAAACUCAGCCGAAGUUUGCUCUUCCGGUGGAUUCCGAGCAUAAGGCGACCGAGUUUCGAUUAUUCUCCGCGGCUGCGCCGCACAUGCGAUCGUUCCAUCUGUCUUGGGUUUCGUUCUUUGCCUGUUUUGUGUCCACUUUUGCUGCUCCGCCACUCCUUCCGAUCAUACGUGACAAUCUAAACCUGACAGCGACUGACAUUGGAAACGCGGGGAUUGCGUCGGUCUCCGGCGCGGUGUUUGCUCGGCUUGCCAUGGGAACUGCUUGUGACUUGUUCGGACCACGUCUUGCUUCCGCAUCCCUCAUCCUCCUCACCGCGCCGGCAGUUUUCUUCACCUCCAUUGCCUCUUCUCCCGUCUCCUUCCUCCUGGUCCGUUUUUUCACUGGCUUCUCCCUCGCAACUUUCGUCUCAACCCAAUUCUGGAUGAGCUCCAUGUUUUCAGCUCCGGUGGUCGGCACCGCUAACGGCGUUGCAGGCGGAUGGGGAAACCUCGGAGGCGGCGCGACACAACUCAUCAUGCCGGUUGUUUUCGGUAUCAUCCGUGACAUUGGAGCAGUCAAAUUCACAGCUUGGCGAAUCGCAUUCUUCAUCCCUGCCCUGUUCCAAACAUUAUCGGCUUUCGCCAUCCUGAUCUUCGGCCAGGAUUUGCCGGACGGAAAUUACCAAAAGCUACAAAAAUCCGGGAACAAACAAAAAGACAAAUUCUCACGUGUGUUCUACCAUGGGAUCACAAAUUACAGAGGAUGGAUCUUGGCCUUAACAUACGGAUAUUGUUUCGGCGUGGAGCUGACAAUCGACAACAUCAUCGCCGAGUACUUUUACGACAGAUUCAACCUAAAACUCCAUACAGCCGGAAUCAUCGCAGCAAGCUUCGGCUUAGCGAACAUCAUUUCACGACCGGGAGGAGGCAUCCUGUCCGAUAUGAUGGCUAAGAGGUUCGGAAUGAGGGGCAGGCUAUGGACCUUAUGGACGGUGCAGACUUUAGGAGGCGUUUUCUGCAUCAUCCUCGGACGUGUCGGAUCAUUGAGCGCGUCCGUCGCCGUGAUGAUCGUCUUCUCCGUCUUUGUUCAAGCUGCUUGCGGUCUUACAUUCGGAGUGGUCCCCUUUGUUUCCCGAAGGUCAUUGGGUGUGAUAUCGGGGAUGACCGGAGGAGGAGGGAAUGUGGGUGCAGUUUUAACACAAUUAAUAUUCUUCAAAGGCUCCAGAUAUUCCAAAGAAGACGGGAUAACCCUGAUGGGCAUCAUGAUGAUAUGCUGCACUUUACCAUUGUUUCUCAUAUACUUCCCGCAAUGGGGAGGGAUGUUUUGUGGUCCGUCAUCGGACAAGGUCGCCACCGAGGAAGACUACUACAUGUCCGAAUGGAGCUCGAACGAGAAGGGCAAAGGCAUGCAUGAAACCAGCUUGAAAUUUGCUGAUAACAGUAGAAGUGAACGAGGAAGAAGGGUGAACUCUCAAACUCUGUCUUCUAAUGCUACUCCGCCGGCAAAUGUUUAACCGCUGUCUUUUGAUUUUUAAUGAGUGUUUUUGUCUGUAUUUAUUGUGCCGAAAAACAUAUUAUUAUCGCAAGCAGGUUAAGGUUUGCAAGUAAUCAAGUUAAUGAUGUCACAACUGGUGUUGAUGUAAGAUAGGAAAGAUUAUAGAUUCAAACCUGAAAGCAACCAAAUACUUUGUUUUAAAAAUAAUUUUAAUUAGGGUAAACUAUAUAUUUAGUACUUAAACUAUUAAUUUUGA